AUGGCGGAUCGGGCGGAGAUGUUUUCUCUUUCCACCUUUCACUCGCUGUCGCCGCCAGGCUGCAGGCCUCCACAGGACAUAAGCCUGGAAGAAUUUGAUGAUGAAGAUCUGUCUGAGAUCACCGAUGACUGUGGUCUGGGCCUCAGCUACGACUCGGACCACUGCGAGAAGGACGGCCUUUCCCUGGGGCGUUCGGAGCAGCCGCACCCCAUCUGCUCCUUCCAGGAUGACUUCCAGGAGUUUGAGAUGAUCGAUGACAAUGAAGAGGAGGAGGAGGAGGAGGAGGAGGAGGAGGAGGAGGAGGAAGAGGAGGAGGAGGAGGAAGAGGAGGAGGAAGAGGAGGAGGAGGAGGAGGAGGAAGAGGAGGAGGAGGGGGAGGAAGAAGGGGAGGGCAAGGAGGGAGGAGGCCCUGCUCGGGAGCCCCUGAUCCCCUCCCCCUCCCUGGAGGAGCCCCACAAGCACCGGCCCACCACGCUCCACCUGACAACGCUGGGAGCCCAGGACUCCCUGAACAACAAUGGAGGGUUUGCUCCAGGGCCUCCAGCCUCCAGGCAGGAAACAGUGCUGUGCCCACCCACCCAGGAGCCCCUCCGAGAGCCGCCCGCCCCGCUCCCGCCCACGGACAGACGCCCCUGCGGGGCGCAGUCAGCUGUGCACCCAGGUUGCGACUCCGAAGGAAACCAGCCCGCAGGGCCCCUGGCGCCAGGUGGGGCCUCGCCCUCCUCGGAUCCGGGCAUCGAGGCCGACCUGGGGAGCGGCUCCAGCGGAGGCCGCGGGGGUCGGCGCAGCAGCCAGGAGCUGUCGUCGCCGGGCUCCGACUCCGAGGACGCGGGCGGCGCGCGCCUGGGGCGCAUGAUUUCGUCCAUCUCAGAGACAGAGCUGGAGCGGAGCAGCGACGACGGCGGCGGCAGCAGCAGCGGCCGCUCCUCGCACCUCACCAACUCCAUCGAGGAGGCCUCGUCGCCGGCCUCGGAGCCCGAGCCCGAGCCGCCGAGCGAGCCCCCGCGCCGCCCCGCCUUCCUGCCCGUGGGCCCCGACGACACCAACAGCGAGUACGAGUCGGGGUCCGAGUCUGAGCCGGACCUCAGCGAGGACGCCGACUCGCCCUGGCUGCUCAGCAACCUCGUGAGCCGCAUGAUCUCCGAGGGCUCCUCGCCCAUCCGCUGCCCUGGCCAGUGCCUGUCUCCCGCGCCGCGUCCUGCCGGCGAGGGUGCGUCGCCCGCCGCCGAGGCCCCCGGGGCGGCGGCGGGGCCGGGCGUGGAGCUGGUGGACAUGGAGACGCUGUGUGGGCCGCCGCCCCCCGAGCCCUCCGCCCCUCGGCCCGGCCCCGCGCAGCCCGGGCCCUGCCUCUUCCUCAGCAACCCCACGCGCGACACCAUCACGCCCCUGUGGGCCGCUCCGGGCCGCCCGGCCCGCCCGGGCCGCGCCUGCUCCGCCGCCUGCUCGGAAGAGGACGACGAGGAUGAAGAGGAGGAGGACGCAGCUGAGCCCAAGGCAGGGCCCCCCGGGGGCCGGGGCGCGGGCCCCGCGGCGCUGGACGCCUCGCUGGUGUACGACGCGGUCAAGUACACGCUGGUGGUGGACGAACACACGCAGCUGGAGCUGGUGAGCCUGCAGCGCGGCGCGGGCCUGGGUGCCGACAGCGAGGACAGCGGCGGCGAGGCCAGCGAGGAGGAGGCGGGAGCCGCGCUGCUGGGCCGUGAGCAGGGCCCCGGGGACGCCUCCCCGGGCAGCCCUGACCUCACCUUCUCCAGGAAGUUCCUCAAUGUCUUUGUCAACAGCACCUCUCGAUCCUCCAGCACCGAGUCUUUCGGCCUUUUUUCCUGCCUGGUCAAUGGGGAGGAGAGGGAGCAAACCCAUCGGGCCGUGUUCAGGUUCAUUCCCCGCCAUCCCGACGAGCUUGAGCUGGAUGUGGACGACCCGGUCCUGGUGGAGGCCGAGGAGGAUGACUUCUGGUUCCGUGGCUUCAACAUGCGCACGGGGGAGCGUGGCGUCUUCCCCGCCUUCUAUGCCCACGUGGUGCCUGGCCCGGCCAAGGACCUGCUGGGGAGCAAGCGGGGUCCCUGCUGGGUGGAGCGCUUUGACGUGCAGUUCCUGGGCUCCGUGGAGGUGCCCUGUCACCAGGGCAAUGGCAUCCUGUGUGCAGCCAUGCAGAAGAUCGCCACUGCCCGGAAACUGACCGUCCACCUGCGUCCUCCUGCCUCCUGUGACCUUGAGAUUUCUCUUCGGGGGGUCAAGCUGAGUCUAAGUGGAGGACCCGAGUUCCAGCACUGCAGCCACUUCUUCCAGAUGAAGAACAUCUCGUUUUGUGGCUGCCACCCCCGCAACAGCUGCUAUUUUGGCUUCAUCACCAAACACCCGCUGCUGAGCCGUUUUGCCUGCCACGUUUUCGUCUCCCAGGAGUCGAUGAGGCCCGUGGCCCAGAGUGUGGGCCGCGCCUUCCUGGAGUACUACCAGCGCCACCUGGAGUACGCCUGCCCCACAGAGGACAUCUACCUGGAGUAGCCCCGCCGCGCUCCCGCUCCGGGAGCGGCUGGGGCUGGGGCGUCUCACGCGGCCUCCUCGGCUUUGGCAAGGACUGGACUGGGGGCACAUGGGACCUGACAUCCGGCGAGUCUCGGGCUGUGCUGGGAACUCUCCUCCU